AUGUCCUCCACAGUCAAGGUCUUCAUCGACGAUCAAGGCAAGCCCACGAAUAUUCCGGACUACGAGACGAUCAUCACGCAGCUACCGCUACCAACAUCAGCGGUGUGCGAAUCGCCCUCGAGUCUCGACAAGCGGUCUGAGCACGACGUCAGCAACAUCUGGGUCAAGUCCGGGCGCAACAUCACCAUGGGCGAGGCCAGGACCCAGCGCUUUGACGCGCAACACCUUCAAGACAGCGAGAACCUUGCCCUCGCCUUCACGUGGGGCAACUUUGGUUACAUUGUCACCGAGUACAUCGACGGGCAGACAUGCGACAACUCUGAUAUUGCCCUGGUCGCCGCCGCUGUGCAGGUCCUGAUCAACAUCCCGAGCCCCAAUUUGACGCCUGGACCCGUCGGAGGAGGCCUGAUCGAGCACCCCUUUUUCGUCGACGGCAAGUCCUCCAUCCGGUACGAAUCCGUCGAGGAGCUACAGAAUCAUGUGAACGGGAUUCUCUCCGAGACGGAGAGGAGGGGGCGUGUUAGCUUCACCACCGAGGUCGCCAAUCACGGUCUGCGCCUCUGCGUAUCUGACCUGAUACCUGUCAACUUCAUGAGGGAUAGGGACAAUAACUAG